AUGCAGAGCGGGCAGAGACGAGGCCGGCCGAGGUGUGGCGGAGAGGGGCGCGGUGAAGCGGGGCAAGGAGGAGGCAGAGCGGAGCGGGGCGUGGCAGAGCGGAGCGGGGCGAGGCAGAGCGGAGCGGAGCGAGGCAGAGCGGAGCGGGGCGAGGCAGAGCGGAGCAAGGCAGAGCGGAGCGAGGCGAGACAGAGCGGAGCGGAGCGAGGCAGAGCGGAGCAAUAUAAAGAGCGGGACGAGGCAGGGCGUGGCAAGGCAAUGCGGGGGAUGCGGAGCGGGCAGAGACGGGCCGGCCGAGGUGUGGCGGAGAGGGGCGAGGUGAAGCGGGGCAAGGAGGAGCAGCAGCUUCAUUCGAGCACUCUAAAUUUGAUACUACAAUCUGUCAUACCAGGAUGUGACUUAAGGUCCACUGCUUGUAUUUAUGGAUGUCGUAUUCGAACCGUCAUAAACUUCCAACGAGGUCUUCCAGUAACGUGA